AUGAAGUUCUUGAAUAUUCUACUUUUGUCUUCCGUUGCUACUGCAGCGAUCCUCCCAGCACCAAUAAAUGAACGUGAUGGUCUAGUGAAACGCCAAACAACGUCUUCCACCAGCAAGGCAAGCACAUCUUCAAAAGCGUCAUCCACAAGUUCUUCAACUUCAAAGUCAUCAUCAGUCGGCUCGUCAUCUUCCAAGGCUUCGACAACUUCUUCGGGGUCCUCGACCUCUGUCGUCUCCACGGCUACCUUAAGCUCAAGUUCCUCUUCUGCUAUCUCUAGUUUGGUUGCCGAUCCUGCUUGUACAAAUUCACCCUUCACCAGAGCUUGUUGGGGAAAUGGUUUCAGUAUUGCAACCGAUUUUGACACCAAGAAUCCUAACACUGGUGUUACCCGAAAGUAUAAUUGGGAAGUGACAAAUUCGACUUGCGCGCCAGAUGGAGUCACCCGCCAAAACUGCAUCUUGAUCAAUGGCCAUUUCCCCGGACCAACCCUCUAUGCUGAUUGGGGUGAUAUGAUUCAAGUUACCUUGAAAAAUUCUAUGCCGGAUAAUGGUACUGGUAUCCACUGGCACGGCAUUCGUCAAUACCACACAUGCACCGAAGAUGGUGUACCAGGAAUCACCGAAUGUCCUCUCGCUCCGGGCGACACAAAGACAUACACCUUCCAAGCAACCCAAUUCGGCACGAGCUGGUAUCACAGCCAUUUCUCUGCUCAAUAUGGCGAUGGGUUGAUUGGUCCUAUUGUGAUUAAUGGUCCGGCUCCUGUUAACUAUGACGUUGAUCUUGGAGCCUACAUGAUUCAAGAUUGGUACUAUACGCCGGUAUUUGCACUCGGCGAAAGAGUAGCGCAUUCACAAGCUGGACCACCACCAGGGGACAAUGGACUUAUUAAUGGUAGUAUGGUGGCACCUGCUGGUCAAACUGGUGGGAAGUAUACCACAAACACCAUCACCUCAGGUAAAAAGUACCGUCUUCGUCUUAUCAACACUUCAGUCGACAAUCAUUUCAUGGUAUCAUUGGACAAUCAUGCAUUCACUGUAAUUACAUCUGAUUUUGUUCCUAUUGAGCCAUACACCACAAAUUGGAUCUUCAUCGGAAUUGGUCAAAGAUAUGACGUUGUGUUCCAUGCCAAUCAGACAGUUGGAAGCUAUUGGUUCCGAGCUGAAGUCCAAAACGGCUGCGGGAUAAAUAAUAACAAUGGAAAUAUUAAGAGUAUUUUCACUUAUUCAGGAGCUGCAAGCACCACUCCAUCGUCUACCGCCACACCCUAUACUCAAAGAUGUACCGACGAAACAGGAAUCAUUCCAUUCUGGGAUAGUUUUGUGCCCAGCGGACCCCUGAGUGGUAAUGUCGACACACUCAACGUGGCCAUAGAUAUUGGCGUUACCACCAGCGGACCAAUCGUCACAUGGGGUAUCAAUCUCACAGCCCUUGAUGUCGACUGGAAGAAACCCAUUCUCCAAUAUGUCCUCGAUGGCAACAAUUCCUGGCCUGCUUCCGAGAAUCUCAUCUCUUUGAACAAUGCUAAUCAAUGGUAUUAUUGGAUUAUUCAAGAAGUACCCGGAUCAGUUGCUGGACAACCAGUUUCCAUUAACGUUCCUCAUCCAAUGCAUUUACACGGUCAUGAUUUCUAUAUUCUCGGCACGGGAGUUGGAAAUUACAACAACUCCGUCGAUGGACCAAAACUUGAUUACAACAAUCCAAGCAGAAGAGAUGUUGCCAUGUUGCCCGCCGGAGGGUGGAUUGUUCUAGCGUUCCAAACUGAUAACCCUGGUGCUUGGUUGAUGCAUUGUCAUAUUGCAUGGCACGUAAGCGAAGGUCUUGCUGUGCAAUUCCUGGAAUCUCAAAACCAAAUCAAUGCUGUAAAUCCCAUCUCGCCAGCCUUGACGAAUACCUGCAAUAAAUGGAAUGCGUGGUAUCCAUCUCAAGCACCUUAUUUCAAGACUGAUUCUGGUGUCUAA